GCGACUGCUGCUGCCUGCCAUGGCGACGGGAAAGCUCAUUGUGUUUGUUUGCAUAUUAGUCUUGUUUCUUGUGUUGUUGAAAACUAGACUUUCCUCUUGUCAACAAUUUGCCAUACCUUUUCAACAGCCCUCACACUGCGGAAGUGAAAAAUACUUUGAUAUUUCUAGCCUUUCUUGCGUUCAGUGCGGAAUAAACCAAGUGAGAAGUGUUUCUGGUACUUCAUGUGUUUGCCAAGUUAGUCACAGAGUGGUAUCCAGUAAUGGAGGAGCUAUAACAUGUCAGAAAUGCCCAGCUGACAGUAAACCGGGAGUCACUCAGGAUGGUUUUGACUGCAUCAGAUGUCCAAGAGGUUUAAAUGCUGAAGGAAAAUGCCAGUGCCCUCCAGGAAGUAUACUAGUGGAACGGAGCAGAAAUGGAUUGUUAUUGGAUGAAGGAAUUUGUGAGACCUGCAAUGGUACAGAGCCGUCCUUCGCAGUCCCUAAUCUUUUUGGAGACAGGUGUGUCAGGUGUCAAGAAACAUAUAUUAACACAACCAACUCUUGUGAGUGUGGCCAGACAAAUAUGCCUGCAGGAGGUUUAUGUUUCCCUCAAAAUAAUUUGCCAACAACAGUUGUUUCAGUUAUCAACUAUGCACAAUUGGCGAUAUCUGUACAGUCGGUGUGGUUUGCCAAAAAUAUGCAAGCUGUAGCUGCAGCAUGUCUGAUUUAUUCUAACCUGACUGCUUGCCAAGCUCUUGGAAAUAUGUGUGUAAUGAAUCUGAAUUCCUUAAGCUCUGUGAAUAAUGAUGCCUGUGGACUGUUUAAUACAAUAUAUAGAAGCACUGCAGCGCUAGGUUCUGUUCAGAUGAUAUCCUUUUGGAGGGCAAAUCUUCCGUGGUUGUACUAUGGAGAUCAGACUGGAUUAGCAUCCCGAGUUCUUUUCACAGAGUCAUUUCCAGCCAGCUUCAGUUUUAAGGGUGCAGCUCAGAAUACAAAUAUUCAGUUUACUGCUGCUGUGUACAAUGUGAAAGGGAACUUCCUGAAGUGGCAGAAUGUCAAAGGAGGCACUUUGCAGCUUUGUCCAGACACAGUUAUCCGGUUGAAUGCCGCCUAUAGAUUUGGAACCACAUACCGACAAAGUUGCCAAAUUCCACUCUCAAAGAUUUUAACUGAUUUUCCAGAGCCAAUAUUUUAUGAUAUUUACAUGGAUUUUAGUUCUGGAAGUGGGCAAAAGAGUCUUUGGGCUGUGCCUGUUCGAAACUUGAACCUUCAAUAUAAUGGGCAGUUUGUAAACCAAGGUGACAACUUGAACAAUUGGUAUUUGACCCGUCGUAUUUUCUUAGUGGAUACUUUAAGUGGACGUGAAAACACAUUGGCUAACCAGCCAAAAGUAAUACGUGUUGCAACAAAAAUAACCAUCAGUAUCCAGCUUGAGCCUAAUACUCGAAAAGGAGCCAUCAAGACACCUCUGAUGACUGUUUCUUACACUGACAUUCUUGUAUCAGAUCCCGACACUCAGUCAGUUUCAGUUUCAUUCUCAGUUGACUAUGAAAUGAACCAGAGUGAAGCUCAGAUCCAGACUGAUAUUGCUCUGGGGGUCCUUGGUGGCAUGGCAGCUUUGUACUCCCUGUUAAAGACUGCCAGUUGGAAAAGGCAAGUUGGAUCACCAUUAAUUGAUCUCCAGACUGUUGUGAAGUUUUUGCUUUUCUACGCUGGAGACUUAGCGAAUGUUUUCUUUGUUGUAACUGUUGGAACGGGACUCUAUUGGCUUAUUUUUUUCAAAGCACAACUGUUUGUUACAGUACUUUUACCUUUAAAUGUGCAAGAAAAGAGAUUUGUUACUUAUGUUGGAUGUGCAUUUACACUAAAGGCAGUUCAGUUUCUGCACAAAAUAAUAAGCCAAUUGUCUAUAGACAUCUUCUUUAUUGAUUGGGAGAGACCUAGAGGGAAAGUUCUCAAGACUGCUGAAGGUAACGGCGAUAUCAAAUCUGCACCCGCCCCAGUGAGCAUCUGGAGGACCUAUUUUGUUGCAAAUGAAUGGAAUGAACUUCAGACCAUACGGAAAAUCAGUCCAGUUUUUCAAAUCUUUGCUGUCCUUUUCUUUCUUGAGGUGGUUGGCUUCUCAAAUUUGGCGCUUAUGGAUCCUUCUUCUGAUCUCAGAAGAGAUCCACAAAGCUACCAGGCUCCAUGGAAUCUCAUUCUGAGAUAUGGUGUAGCAACAUCCAUGUGGCUAGUGAUUGGAUUUUUACAGGUGAUUUUCUUCACAGUGUUCUAUGAAAGAUUUGUAGAAGAUAAAAUUAGACAAUUUGUGGACCUGUGUUCUAUGAGCAACAUUUCACUGCUGCUUUUCUCAAACAGAUGUUUUGGUUAUUAUAUUCAUGGACGCUCGGUGCAUGGUCAUGCAGACACCAAUAUGGAAGAGAUGAACCUCAACCUGAAAAGAGAGGCGGAAAACCUUUGUGGUCAGAGAGGUCUGCUACCAAACACUGAUAUUCAGACAUUUCAGGUUUCCAUAACAAAUAAAAUGAGACUGCAGUAUGAUAGAAUCCGUGAGCCUUUAUCUAGGAUAACAGGUCCUUCUCGUUUGUUGGAUUCAUCUGCAAAUCCAUUUGAACAGAGCACCAAGGCCUAUCACACUAUGAACAAGUUCCUGGGCUCAUUUAUUGACCAUGCACAUCGGGAAAUGGACUACAUUGUUAAAGACAAGUUGUUAAUGGAAAGAGUUCUUGGAAUGGAAUUUAUUGAGCCAAUGGAGAAAAGCUUAUUUUACAAUGAUGAUUCCCAUUCGUUUAGUGAUGUUCUCUACUAUGGAAAUGAAGCCACUCUCCUUAUUUUUGACACAUUGUUUUUCUGUAUUGUGGAUAUUGGCACUCAAGAUUUUGUCUUGGCUGCUGUGCUAACCUAUGUACAACAAAAAGUCUUUCAGUUGAUUCGUAAUGCAACUGGACGGAAAAACUUGGCUUCAAAAACUCUGGUUGAUGAAAGAUUCCUAAUAUAGUUAUUAUACAAAAGAAGCUCUUCAAGAUAAAAUUGUUACUGUUCUUUAAAUCCAGAUCAACACUGUCAUGCCUGCUAAGUGAUAUACAGCACAAACACAAUUCUAAGGUGAAACCUAUAAGAUACUAAGGAUUUCAUUUGAUACUCCAGUGGGAUAAGUGCUCUUUUUAAAUUGUUUUUAGAGAUUAUUUAUAGCACAGGAGAUGGAUAGAGGCUUUCCAGGACCAGGGUUGGAGACCCCUGGUAUAGGCUAAUCAAAUCAAUCCUAUUGUGUUUGUAACAUUUGUCUGUUUACAGAUUGUCACAUUUUUAUUCCAGCAACUUUUUUCUGUUGCCUAAUAUUUUUUAAUACAGAUUGGAUAAAGUUUAUUUUAAAAAGUGUUUUUUAGUUUUUUCUUAGAGCGUGUAUUUUGCUGUUUAAAAUAUUUGCAUGUGCAUUUUCUAUUGUAUGUUUUGUAAGUUUCUAUAAUUCAUUAGUUGUUUUUGGAAGAUCUUUAAAAGACAUGUUUUAUUAUUUAUUUUGCAACAUACUGAUUUAUAUUUCCUCUGCAAUUGCAAAAUGUACUGAAGGAAUCUGUCUGUUGUAUAUAAUCGCAUGCUGAUUGAGUCAAAUUUGCCUCAGGUUUAGGAGGGUAACUAAUUUUAGAUCACAGUGAAUGGGUGAUGUAACUUUCGCAGAUAUUUCUUGCAAUACAUCAGGCUAUUAAGACACUCCAAGCAGCUGCACAUACUCUGUUUUUCACAGUAAGAACCAAUGGCCUGUUUACUAUGCACUGUAUACCGAAGACUGAACAUUAAAAAAAAAAAAAAAAAAAAAAAAAAAAAAAGAUAAUUCAGUGAACUAUUAAAAUUACUUUUUACUUGUAGACCCCAAUGUUUGUAUAGUACAGUGUCAGUAUUUGUGAUGUUGCAUUCAUGUAAAUGUGCUGUUAUAGCAUGUCUGGGUAUUUUAUCUUUAUGGUUGAACUCCUAUAAUAAUGAUUAUUUGCAGCACAUUUUGCCUUACAAAGUGCAACCAAUUUCAAGUUACAUCCAAUAAACACACAAAAAGAUGCACAACCUUUCCUGUACAGCCUUUAUUUUUAAUAAAUAAAACAGUCAAAUUAGUCGCACUGUGCAAUACAGAAACAUACUAUGUAAUGGCUUCUGACUAACAAUAGGAUUUUAAAAUAAUUGGCACUUUUUUUUUUUUAAGAGUACUCCUUACGCUGAUUCAAUAAACCCAUUUAAAACAUUUUUCUCCAUGUUUAAAAUAGUUUUAAAGUUUUAUUCAUUACUGAAUUGAAAAUACAUACAGCAUGUCUUAUGUUAUUGCUUUGAGAGUUGUUCAUUUGUAAUUGUUGUAGCUCCUUGUUUAUUGCUCAAGUACCAGAUCUGUGUACAUAUAGGCUUCAUAGAUAACCAAAACAUGGUUCUGAAUCUUUAUUAAAUUUAGAUAAAAUAGUUAUUUUGUAUAGAAUGGACAGCACUAUGAAACAGA